UUCUCCAUCUUCACUCCUCUUCUCCUUCUGUGAACCUUCUCUCUUUAGCAACAACAAGCACUUUCUCUCUCUAGACACUCACAUCCAUUCUUUUGCUUCACCCUUCUAAAAAUCACGAGAUCCCCAUCUCUUUCACUUUCCCUUCCCAUGCCUUUGUUCAGAGUAUCCAAUCCUCCUUUCAUCUCCACUCUUCGCCGUCUCCAUUGACGACGCUAAUACCAAGAAACCUCUAUUAGAGUUCCUCUUCGAUCAUUCACUUGGUUCGUUUCUUCAGCGGUUUAAAAAAAAUGUCACAUUCAGAUAAACCGGUUCCUGAAUCUAACAACCGUCUCCGUGGUUCAUUAACCUCCGACAUCAACAAACCGGACUUUCGUGAGCUGGAUCUCGGUUCGCCGGUUUCUCCGCUUCGUUCUCAGCCACGUGGACUCACUACAACCACCACCACUACAAGUAGCAGCAGUUCUAGCUCUUCCGGAUCUGUAACCGGUCGGAUUAGACAUGCUCCGGUUACCGGAAGAUCCGGUUCGGUUACUGGUAGUCAAUCCGGUUCGAGAUCGGACUCGGUUACUUCAAACUCACAACAACCACUCUCCUCCUCCUCCUCUGCUACUUCUCCAUCUACGGCGGCGGCGAAUGUACUUCCCACCGGAAACAUUUGCCCCUCCGGUAAGAUCCAAAUCACCGGAAUGACACAAAGCCGUUCGAGAAGCGACGUUCUCGGAUCCGGCACGGGAACGUACGGUCACGGAAGCAUAAUGCGAGGCGGAGGAGGAAGCAGUGUCUCUCCGGCGAAACCCAUCUCCACCAGACAAGCACUGAGCUCGCCGGUUACUGUCGGUGGCUCCAGCAGAAGCAGUCCGGUUGCGGUAGGUUCGGAUCCAGAGGAAGUGAAGAGAGUAGGCAACGAGAUGUACAAGAAAGGUCUGUUCAGUGAGGCUUUGAAGCUGUACGAUAAAGCAAUAGCUUUAUCACCGACAAACGCGGCUUACCGGAGCAACCGUGCCGCCGCAUUGACGGGUUUGUCUCGGAUCGGUGAAGCUGUGAAGGAGUGUGAAGAAGCUUUGAGAUUGGAUCCAAACUAUGGAAGAGCUCAUCACCGUUUGGCUCUUUUGCUUAUUAGAUUAGGACAGGUUGAUAGUGCAAGGAAGCAUCUUUGUCUUUUUGGGAAACCAUCAGAUCCUAUGGAGCUGCGGAAGCUUGAAGCAGUUGAGAACCACAUGAGCAAAUGUGCAGAUGCGAGGAAGCUCGGUGAUUGGAAAGCUGCUUUGAUGGAAGCAGAUGCAGCUAUUGUUUCUGGAGCUGACUUUUCUCCUCAGCUAGGUAUGUGUAAAGUAGAAGCACUCUUGAAACUCCACCGGCUUGAUGAUGCACGAUCAAAGCUUCUAGAAGUUCCCAAAGCAGAGCCGUUUCCAUCAUCUUGCUCGCAGACUCGGUUCUCUGGUAUAGCCUGUGAAGCUUAUACGUACUUUGUCAAAGCUCACAUCGAGAUGGCUUUAGGAAGGUUUGAAAACGCAGUGAUGGCUGCUGAGAAAGCUAGCAAAAUCGAUCCACGGAGCAACGAAGUUGCCAUGUUGCACAAUACUGUUACAUUGGUUGCUAGAGCUCGUGUUCGUGGUAACGAUCUUUAUAAAUCGGAAAGAUACACGGAAGCUAGCUCAGCUUACGCAGAAGGCCUUAGGCUUGAUCCGUGCAACGCUAUUUUGUAUUGCAACCGAGCAGCUUGUUGGUUUAAGCUUGGAAUGUGGGAACGUUCGGUUGAAGAUUGUAACCAAGCGCUGCGUUUCCAACCACGUUACACAAAGCCUCUUCUUAGGAGAGCUGCCUGUAAUAACAAGAUGGAGAGAUGGGCAGCUGCAGUGAGUGAUUAUGAAGCGUUGAGGAAGGAACUACCUCAUGACAAGGAAGUUGCUGAAUCUUUAUUUCAUGCUCAAGUGGCAUUGAAGAAAUCUCGAGGAGAAGAAGUUUUGAAUAUGGAGUUUGGUGGUGAAGUUGAGGAAGUUUAUAGCCGUGAACAGUUUAAAGCUGCCAUGAAUCUACCAGGAGUUUCGGUUAUACAUUUCUCGACGGUCUCUGAUCAUCAAUGCAAGCAGUUAUCUCCAUUUGUGGACUCGCUAUGUACUCGUUAUCCUUCUAUACACUUCCUCAAGGUGGACAUCGAUAAAUGUCCUUCGAUAGGUAAUGCAGAGAACGUGAGGGUUGUACCAACAGUGAAGAUAUACAAAAACGGUACUCGAGUAAAGGAGAUUGUCUGUCCAAGCAAAGAAGUAUUGGAGUACUCUGUGAGGCACUAUAGCGGUUAAUACUAGAAAGAAUCACUCUUCUAGGACUCCUCAUUACCCUUGUGAAACUUCUCCAAUAAUCCCACUUAACUUCUUAAGAAGAUGAUUCAUAACCAGGGAACCUCAUUAGUGUAGAGUGUCAGCUCUUUAUGAUUUGUUCAUUCAUUCCCCCCCCCCUCUUUAUUGCCCUGUGAUCUGUCUCUCUUCCCUUCUUUCCAUUCAAAUUUUUCUGCAUAGGCUCCUUCUUCUAGUUUCACUUGUUUAGGUAUUGAGAGAUGAUGCUACUGGUUGGUUGGAGAUUACUUUGUGUACAUAAGAGAAGUUUGUAUGUGACUGAAGAAAGGGGCUUUACUGAAACAGGCAAAAGAGGACUAUUCUGAUCCUUCAUUUUUUUUUCCUUUUAAAGUUAAAGAAAGUGAACCAUCUUGUCAUU